AUGAGAUUGGAUCUAUCAGGCGUCGCCCUAAUAACUGGCGCCGGCGGCUCUAUCGACCGCGCCUGCGUUCUCCAAUUCGCCCACCACGGCCGCACCCGCAUCGCCGGCCUCGCCACCACCGCCUCCGCCCUCUCCUCCCUCCCCGCCGCCACGGCCAUCGUAUUCCUCCCCCUCACGGGCGAAUUACUAAUUCAUACCCCAAAAGUAUAA